GGUCUCUCACUCUCACCCUUGCCGCCACAUCCAUUGGAUUCCAACCCGAAGAAGGUAGAGGCGGGAAAGGGCUGUGAAGUCAAAUGGACCCCAUAGAACUGAGAAGUGUCAACAUCGAACCGUACGAGGACAGCUGCAGCGUGGAUAGCAUUCAAAGCUGCUACACCGGGAUGGGGAACUCCGAGAAGGGAGCCAUGGACAGUCAAUUUGCUAAUGAAGAUGCCGAAAGUCAGAAGUUCCUGACGAAUGGCUUUUUGGAGAAGAGGCUAACCGAUUACGCGGAUGAGCACCACCCUGGAACGACCUCCUUUGGAAUGUCCUCCUUUAACCUGAGUAACGCCAUCAUGGGUAGUGGUAUCUUGGGCUUGUCCUACGCCAUGGCCAACACGGGGAUCGUCCUUUUUGUAAUCAUGCUUCUCACUGUGGCAAUUCUAUCGCUCUACUCGGUUCACCUUUUACUGAAGACAGCCAAGGAAGGAGGGUCUUUGAUCUAUGAAAAGUUGGGAGAGAAGGCGUUUGGAUGGCCUGGGAAAAUUGGAGCCUUUAUCUCUAUUACAAUGCAGAACAUUGGAGCCAUGUCAAGCUACCUCUUCAUCAUUAAGUAUGAGCUGCCUGAAGUGAUCAGAGUGUUCAUGGGACUUGAAGAGAACACUGGGGAGUGGUACCUCAAUGGCAACUACCUCGUCUUAUUUGUGUCCGUGGGGAUCAUCCUACCGCUCUCUCUCCUUAAGAAUUUAGGCUACCUUGGCUACACCAGCGGAUUUUCCCUCACCUGCAUGGUGUUUUUCGUCAGUGUGGUGAUUUACAAAAAGUUCCAAAUACCCUGCCCUCUGCCUGUUCUGGAUCACAAUAACGGGAACCUGACAUUCAACAACACACUUCCCAUGCACGUGAUCAUGCUACCCAAUAACUCGGAGAGCACAGGCGUGAACUUCAUGGUGGACUACACUCACCGAGACCCGGAAGGGCUGGAUGAGAAGCCGGCCGCAGGCCCUCUUCAUGGCAGUGGUGUGGAGUAUGAAGCCCACAGUGGGGACAAAUGUCAACCCAAGUACUUUGUAUUCAAUUCCCGCACGGCCUACGCGAUUCCAAUCCUGGCGUUUGCUUUCGUCUGCCACCCUGAGGUCCUUCCCAUCUACAGCGAGCUUAAGGAUCGGUCCCGGAGAAAGAUGCAGACGGUGUCCAAUAUUUCCAUCACAGGGAUGCUCGUCAUGUACCUGCUCGCUGCGCUCUUUGGCUAUCUAAGCUUCUACGGGGAAGUUGAAGACGAGUUGCUCCAUGCCUACAGCAAAGUCUACACAUUUGAUACGGCUCUCCUCAUGGUACGCCUGGCAGUCCUGGUGGCGGUGACACUGACUGUGCCCAUCGUCCUGUUCCCCAUCCGUACUUCAGUGAUCACACUGCUGUUUCCAAGAAGACCCUUCAGCUGGGUGAAGCAUUUCGGGAUCGCUGCAAUCAUCAUCGCUCUCAACAACGUCCUGGUCAUCCUCGUGCCUACCAUCAAAUACAUCUUUGGAUUCAUAGGGGCUUCUUCUGCCACCAUGCUGAUUUUCAUUCUUCCGGCAGCUUUUUAUCUCAAACUUGUCAAGAAAGAACCCCUUCGAUCACCCCAAAAGAUUGGGGCUUUGGUGUUCCUCGUGACUGGAAUUAUCUUCAUGAUGGGAAGCAUGGCGCUCAUUAUAAUCGACUGGAUUUACAACCCUCCAAAUCCCGACAACCACUAAUCCUUGGGGGGGACGCUCUUCUAUUGGAAACGGCCGUCAUUAUGGUCUGAAGGACACUUUAGUUGUCUUGGUUGGGAUGUUAGUCUGAGGAAUUAACGAGAUUCCGAAGACAUUUUCUAGCUCUAUCAUCUGACGCAUGUGAAAGAAAAAAAAAUAUAUAUGGGUUUUCUUGGGAAGGGUUUUGCCGGGGAUGGUGAAGGAUGCAUUAAAAUUCUGUGACGCACGUUUUAACCCAGGCCGUCCAGUGCAGUGUGUGAUGCCCACGUUGUGUUCGCUGCUGUGGAAGCUGAAUCCCGUUGGCUGCGUGUCUCACGUCAGCAGACAAUAGCCUGUCCCCAUGCUCACUCCACAUCUCACCACCCCAGAUCAACAAAUAAUUCUAUUCUCAGACCAUCAGACAGAGAUCCCCUGGUGGGCAAAGCUCACUUAGGGCCAUCUCCCAUUGUACACCGACACUAAGGGUCGGCUGACUGGCUGAGGCAGGGGCAUGCCUUGAGCUGUCCCUGUGAGGUUCCUGAAUGGCAGAUGCCAUGAUAGAGUACUUCCUCUCAACACUUAAGGAGUAGUUUGCCCAACCUGCGUAUUACACUGAAUUAGUGACUUUUUCAUUCAAUGUUUUAGUGACGAAUGCUAAAAACAUCUCACUAAACACAGAGGGUUUUUUUUUUAAUUAUCAAGAAACAACUGCCCAACAAAAAUGCUUUUUAACAUCUGCCUUUUCAUGAUGUUCCUGAUAUUUUUGUCCCUCGUUGUCUUUGAACAAGGCUUCCCCUCUUGUCUUCCGUUCUCAUUCGUAAUUUUCAGAAAACCGCAGUCCGUGUGGAGACACACUACCCAGUAUUGUUUGAUACAUUUUUAUUUGAUAAACAUUUCAGUGCAGGAAACUGUGAUUUUUGCUAUAUGUUUAUGUACAUAAUCUCAUCCUAUAGCUAUCAGCACGUUGGCAUUUGAUACAUUGGAUUUUUAUUUUUUAUAUUUGCAGUUCUCUUUCUUCACAGACAAAGCAUUUAUAUUACCGGGGACAGGGAAUUAAGCUGGCGGGCUCAGAAAUCCAUGUGUAUGUGUCUAUCCAUUGGAGACAUCUAAAAGUUAAAAACCUAAGCUCACCUAGUCCGGUGAUGCUCUUUGCUGUUUGCAAUACUCUGAAGAUCUACAGCAAAGCAGCAAAGGAAAGGGAUUCUCAUUCGUAAAUCAUUUCCAGCGCUAACGACGGUCUUUGAAUUUACCAUGUCUAGAAUAGAGUUCAGUUUAUUUUAGCUCACAUAGGAAUUCACUGGCAUCCAUCUGCCGUUAAGAUAAUAUCAAGUGGUUAGAAAUAAAUGCACCAACGUGACCCCAAAAUACAGGCUGCCGUUCUUGUUCACAGCCAUAGAUGCUUACAUGGGGUGGAGUUCAGUUUCCCCUCACUGCCCAGAAUCUCUGGCUUUGACCGUUGUUUUUCAAUCACUGGUCGUUUAUUUUACAUUUCAAUACGAAGCCAGGUCUGAAAUGCACGAAUCAUCCAGGUAGUGAUAAUACCAUCACACUGAAAUAGUUUUUCUGCAGUGGGUCUCAGAAACAUGUUUGUUUACUUGUCAUUUUCUGGAGUUUAGUACUAUAAAAUGGUGUGCUUUGGGAUAGAAACCGAGCAUUACUAGAAAGUAUCACAAAUUCCGAGUUAUUAUCAUCCGGGAGGAAAAAAAAUCGCCAAAUAGGAUCUGUGAGAUGUCUUUCCGUUUUUCAUUCACCCAAGAAAUAAACCAAGAUUAGAGAGUGGAAAGGGUGCAUUGCAAAUAUUAAAUGUGUUUCAUCUGAACAUAUUAAAUGUAAAUAGAAAAGAUUAAUCCAAAAAUAUUGGGAGCCUGUACAAUCUGUAUAUAUUUCAAAUAUUUUACAUUUAGAAUGACUAACUGGGAAGCAUCCUCUUGUGUAGUCAGACAGAUACUCAAGAGUAAUACAGCAGUGCCAAAGAGUACACGCAGCUCCACUCACUCGCGUGGCCGUCUUCAGGACCGGAGCUCACACAAGCUGCAGGGCAGAUACGCAGAGUACAUUUUUUUUUGGUAAAUUUAACCCAUUUGUAAACAGAUACAAAUUUUAUUUUCUUACAGCCUUUAUAAGAUGGUUUGAUGUACUGGGAGGAUUUUUUUUAUUACAGAAUGUAUAUUGGUAUAUAAUAAAUGAACUUUUCAAAUGA